UCAAUUUGUCCUUUGCAUGUCCAUUUAGUGUGAUGUUUCUUGCCGCUACCAAGCGCCCGCAUCAGCCAUGGACACCAUGGAAGUCAACAAACUGGUGGACAAGUUCAUGCAGUUCGCUGCCGACCGGCCUGGAACUGCAGGCAGCGAAUACUCUGCCUAUCAAGCAGCGUCAGAGUACUCCACCGCCUCAGAGUCUGUCUCCUAUCCCACGAGCAGAGAUUCCGCCUUCGAAGCUGUGGCUGUGGGACAGCGAACCAGCCGCCGAUUUGACUACGAUGUUAAUGAUGGUGAUGGUCCGUUCUCGCGACGAGAUGGAAGGGAUGGCAGAGCUCCACGGAAGAGAAGUUCUGGAGUUUCGAAGACUUCUCGCCAAUCUAGGCUCAGCGACAGAGAUCAGAGGGCUGCAUCGGACUGGCCAAGGGUGUCAUCGGCGGUGCCUGUAGGCGUUCUCAACGCUCCAGCCCUAGCUAACUUAAGCAGAAGAAGAAGAAAACCUUUCUGGCGACCAAAGGUUGAUGAUGGAACUGGAAGACGAGAAGAUGGCGGUGGAGGUGGUGGAGGUGGUGGAGGUGGAGUAUGGGGAGGAAGCUCCUUUGCCUCAGAGUCGGAUGGUGGAGAUGGUUUCAGAGAUGAGUAUGGUGGUGUUGUGCAAGGUGGUGCAAGGAGGCUGCUCAAGGUACACAUGCGUACAGUGAGGCGCAGGGGUGGUCUUCGGGUGCACAACAAAGGAAGACGUGGGAGAGAGUCAAGGGAGAGAGAGAAGGAUGAUGAUGAUGAUGAUGAUGAUGAUGAUGAUGUGAGGGCACAUACCUGGUAUUGGCGAUGGUUCUGUAUGGGCGACAUCUUCAAGUACUUCGGGUGCUGCUGACGUCAACAGUUGCAUUGUCAAUUAGUAGGCUAGUAGUAGCUGUGUAGGGAGUAGGCUGGGCGCCGAGCGCCAAGUAGGAAGAUAGGGACUGGAUACAUAUGUUGGUGGUGGCGAGAGCAAGCUCUUAUUGACAUUGGUUUUCAGUGCUACUAUUCUCCAUUGGUGUCAUAUUGGGGCAAUGCUACUUUCUGAACACUGUGAUACGAUCUGGCCUUCAAUGUGAUUGUGCAAUCUGAAUAUUGUCAUCUCGCUUCUGUUCAUUUUCCUUGCACUUGCACCUUUUUUUUUUUUUUUUUGACAAAAUCUGGACCGGUCACUGUCAGAUACAUUCAAUGAAGUCCCCUAGAGUGA